AUGAAAGAUUCUGUGCCUGUGGUGUCUGCUGAUGAUGCCAGUAGUGAAGACAGUGGCGAUGGUAGUGACAACAGCUAUGACUGUAAUGAUGAACGACCCCACAGCAAAUUAUUUCUCAGUGAUGAUGACUCCAUUGGUGAUGAAGAGGUUGAAGACACUUCACAACACCAGCUGGAGGUCUCUGAUGAAGACAUCAAGCUGAAUAUCAAAGCUUUACAUGGAAGAUGCCAGUGUUUAAAGGCUGCAGAUUUUGAUCAUAUCACCAAGGAUGUGCUUGCCACUGCCACAUCCAUUUACCGCUGUCUGGUGGUCACUCAGGCACCUUUUCCAGAAACACUCUUGGUUGAAACCAUGCUAGCAAAAUGUGCUUGGCAUGAGGCAUCUGAUAUUACUGGACUUACUGUCCAACUUACGCCUUCAUUAGUGAAAAUGAUGAUGAGGCGCACAUCCCAUGUGCGUGGGGAGCUCAAAACGAAGAUGCGUGGACUCACAUCCUCAUUUUUUGGCUUCUGGGCAAGCUGGUCAAUGACAGCUAUCAAGGCAAACCGUGACUUGGCAGAGUCAUUGAAGGAAGGGAUAUCAUUUGUUUUCAAGGAUUGGGAGAUGAAAACUGGCAUCUACAAAAUGGAAUUGAUCCAGAAAGCGAUUAAUGAUAUGUGGUUUACCAACUGCAGUGACAAAGGUAUCCUCUAUGCUAAAUACUUUGAUCCUUUACCUUUGAAAUUGAUGGCGCUGGCACUCAUGGUGAUGGAAUGUUGUAUCAAUGAGUGGGCCACUGGAGUAAGGGAAGACAUCAAAUUCUCCUUGGUGUCUUACAGUCCAGUCUACCUUGCACAUCUCAACUCCUUGGAGCGGUUUGAGCAGUGCACUGCUCCUUACAAACUACUGGAGAAAAUUCGUGAUAAUCUGCUUGACGUGGCUCACUUACAUGCUGGUGGUAUAGACCCAUCCAAGACAGCAGUAUCUGUUGAUGCCCUCACCAAUGAUGUGUUCGAUGACGCGAUCCGAGAAUAUGAAGUCAAAAUGCAAGCAGCACGAAAUGGGCGUCCUCAAGGCGUAGAGGCUAGUGAUGCUUGA